UCGGGUAGUUUCUGUUUUAGGCGAUAAAAUGACUGUUAUCGAUAAGUGAAAUAAACACAAUUAAUUAAGUUUCCUUUUUUGAUUUUAUUAAUUUGCCCUUAAGAACAAAGUACUCAUAAACGAUGCAUGAAUUCAAUAUUUUGCUUGACAGAGUCCUCUAAUUAAUCAAGUUUCCCUUUUAGGCGGUAAAAUGACUAUGCUUUCUAUGUCGGUUAUAUGAAACAUGAAAAGCGGUUCAAUUGCAAGGUAAACAAACAAAAUUAAUUAAGUUUUCUUUUUUAUCUCGUUUAAUUAGACCUUAAAAUAGGCUUUAAUUGAACAAUGAUUUAAUUUGUGUACUUUUACUUUCCACGUAUGGAUGCAGGAGACAUCUGGUCAGCUUUGUUACAAAGUGUCUCUGGCUUGUGAUUGGUUCAAGUAGAUUUAGGGCGUGACAUUGGGUUUUAUAACAGCACCUCUCAGAGCUGAGGUCUCAUUCACCCUGGUGAUUUGGCAGAAAGCAGAUCGAGCACAACAAGAGCUGUAAGACUGAUAUCUUACGUUACGUCUACCAUCAUGAGUGUGAUUAAACCAGAAAUGAAGAUCAAGCUGCGUAUGGAAGGCACUGUAAACGGGCAUUCGUUUGUUAUUGAAGGAUUGGGAGACGGCAAGCCUUUCGAGGGAAAACAGAGUAUGGACCUUAAAGUCAAAGAAGGCGGACCUCUCCCUUUUGCCUACGAUAUCUUGACAACAGCAUUCCAUUACGGCAACAGGGUAUUUGCUGAAUACCCAGACCAUAUAACAGACUAUUUCAAGCAGUCGUUUCCUAAGGGGUAUUCUUGGGAACGAAGCCUGACUUUCGAAGACGGGGGAGUUUGCAUCGCCAGAAACGAAAUAAAGUAAGUAAAAUGUAAAGCUGAUCUGCUCUGUGCAUGGAAAAAAGUAGCACUGUGUUCCAGAUUGAUAAAAUUUGUUCAGUUCCAAACCCAUUAGUGUCUUAUCGCCUUCUUGUUUUGAUGAUCCUGGAAAUUGUCAUCAUGAAAUAUUUUGAACUAGAAUUUAGAUAUCUUUUAAUUCUUAAGUGUCAGUGUUUAUAUCAAUAAGGACCAAAAUAAC